ACUCGUCCGGCCGCCGCCAGCGAGGAAGAUGCCAUCGCCGUGCCGCCGUCCUGGCCGCCGCGUCCUUUUCCUCCUCCUGGCCCUGCUGCUGCCCUCGCCGCCCCCAGCCCGCGCCCCAGCGCCGCCGGGCCCCGCCGCCACCCUGCUCCAGGCUCUCGGGCUGCCUGACGCGCACCGGGGCGCACCCACGCCCCGGCCCGUACCCCCCGUCAUGUGGCGCCUCUUCCGCCACCGGGACCCCCAGGAGGCCAGGGUGGGCCCGCGGCGGACGCCCCAGGGAACCACCCUGAGACCGUGCCACAUGGAGGAACUGGGGGUCGCCGGAAACAUCGUGCGCCACAUCUCGGACCGCGGUGCGCCCACCCGGCCCCCGGAGCCCGCCUGGGCUUCGGGGCAGUGCCCUGAGUGGACCGUCGUCUUCGAUUUGUCAGCCGUGGAACCUGCCGAGCGCCCGAGCAGGGCCCGCCUGGAGAUGCGCUUUGCGACGGCGGCCGCGGAGGAGCCGGCCGGCUGGGAGCUGAGCGUGACUCAGGCGGCCGAAGGCGCGGUCGCUGGGCCCGUGCUGCUCCGCCAGGUGGUGCCCACCCUGACGGUCCCGGUGCGCGCCGAGCUGCUGGGCGCCGCCUGGGCCCACAAUGCCUCGGCGCCUCGCAGCCUCCGCCUGGCGCUGGCGCUGCGCCCCCGGGUCCCCGCCGCCUGCGCGCACCUGGCCGAGGCCUCGCUGCUGCUGGUGACGCUUGACCCGCGCCUGUGCCACCCACUGGCCCGGCCGCGGCGCGAAGCCGAGCCCUCAGUGGGCGGCAGCCCUGGAGGCGCGUGUCGCACGAGGCGGCUCUACGUGAGCUUCCGCGAGGUGGGCUGGCACCGAUGGGUCAUUGCGCCGCGCGGCUUCCUGGCUAACUACUGCCAGGGCCAGUGCUCGCUGCCCGCGGCGCUGUCCGGACCCGGGGGGACGCCCCCGCUCAACCACGCCGUGCUGCGCGCGCUCAUGCACGCGGCCGCCCCCGGUGCCGCCGGUCUGCCCUGCUGCGUGCCUGCGCGUCUGUCGCCCAUCUCUGUGCUCUUCUUUGACAACAGCGACAAUGUGGUACUGCGGCACUACGAGGACAUGGUGGUGGAUGAGUGUGGCUGUCGCUGACGGAGCCAGGCAGGGGCCCAACAAUAAACACUGCGUGGUCCGCUUCCCUGUCUCCG